AAACUUUUGGUCAAAAAAUUAGAAGCAACCCAAAGAGAAGAGAGCACAAAGUUCUCAUUUUUUUUUUUCCCCUUUCUCUCUCUUUUGAAGCUUCUUCUGAUUCAUUCCAAGUUUUACAGGGUUGAAGGAGAUUGUUGAUGUUUUGGUUUGAUUCGAUUCCUCAACCAUAUGAUUUCAUAUAUUCGAAGACAAUUCAUCGAUCCUUGAACCAAAUCCAAAAAAGGAUCUUCAUUGCAGCCUUCAUAAGAUCAAACUUUGUCGAGGAAAUUUGAAUAUUUGGACAAGCCUGUGAUGCGAUGGAGCAAUUCAGGCAAAUCGGAGAGGUUCUUGGAAGCUUAAACGCGCUUAUGGUAUUACAAGACGAUAUCUUAAUCAACCAGAGACAAUGCUGUUUGCUGUUAGAUAUUUUCAGUUUGGGUUUCAACACCGUUGCCGAAGAGAUCAGGCAUAACUUGAAGCUUGAAGAGAAGCACUCUAAAUGGAGAGCCCUUGAGCAGCCUUUGAGAGAGCUCUAUCGAGUCUUUAAAGAAGGCGAAAUGUAUGUUCGGAAUUGUAUGUCCAAUAAAGAUUGGUGGGGCAAAGUUAUCAACUUUCAUCAGAACAAAGAUUGUGUUGAGUUUCACAUACACAACUUGCUAUCUUACUUUCCGGCUGUGAUCGAAGCUAUCGAGACGGCUGGAGAGAUUUCUGGUCUCGACCCUGCAGAGAUGGAGAGGAGGAGAGUUGUGUUUUCAAGAAAGUAUGAUAAAGAGUGGAAUGAUCCUAAGCUUUUCCAGUGGAGGUUUGGGAAACAGUAUUUGGUUCCAAGGGAUCUUUGCAGCCGGUUUGAGCAUUCAUGGAGAGAAGAUAGGUGGAAUCUGGUGGAAGCAUUGCAAGAGAAGAGAAAGUCCAAGAGCGAUGAGAUUGGGAAGACUGAGAAGCGUUUAGCUGAUUUUCUGUUGAAGAAGCUAACCGGGUUGGAACAGUUUAACGGUAAGCUUUUCCCGAGUUCGAUACUCGUUGGUUCUAAGGAUUACCAAGUGAGGCGGAGAUUAGGUGCUGGUGGUCAGUACAAGGAGAUUCAAUGGUUAGGGGAUAGUUUCGUAUUGAGACAUUUUUUCGGGGAUCUUGAGCCAUUAAACACAGAGAUUUCUUCUCUGUUAUCGCUUUGUCACUCGAAUAUACUUCAGUACCUUUGUGGAUUCUAUGAUGAAGAAAGGAAAGAAUGUUCUCUGGUUAUGGAGUUAAUGCACAAAGACUUGAAAAGCUACAUGAAGGAGAAUUGUGGACCUAGAAGAAGAUAUCUCUUCUCUGUUACUGUUGUGAUCGAUAUAAUGCUUCAAAUCGCGAGAGGGAUGGAGUAUCUUCAUUCAAAUGAGAUUUUCCAUGGAGAUUUGAAUCCCAUGAACAUUCUUUUGAAAGAGAGAAGCCACACCGAAGGCUAUUUCCACGCGAAAAUUUCAGGAUUUGGUUUGACAUCAGUCAAAAAUCAGUCUUUUUCUCGGGCUUCUUCUAGACCAACCACACCUGAUCCUAUAAUCUGGUAUGCACCUGAAGUUCUCGCAGAGAUGGAAAAAGAUCUCAAAGGUACAGCUCCGAGAUCAAAGUUUACACAUAAAGCUGAUGUCUAUAGCUUUGCAAUGGUGUGUUUCGAGCUUAUAACCGGUAAAGUUCCAUUUGAAGAUAGCCAUCUUCAAGGCGAUAACAUGGCUAAGAACAUUAGAACGGGAGAGAGACCUCUCUUCCCUUUCCCUUCGCCGAAGUACCUAGUCAGUCUAAUUAAACGGUGCUGGCAUUCAGAACCAAAUCAGCGUCCGACUUUCUCUUCCAUUUGCCGGAUCCUGCGCUACAUCAAGAAGUUUCUAGUUGUGAAUCCGGAUCAAGGUCACCUCCAAAUCCAAAAUCCACUUAUCGAUUGCUGCGACUUGGAAGCAAGAUUCUUGAAAAAAUUCUCUCUGGAGUCAGGUUCUCAUGCGGGAUCCGUGACACAGAUACCGUUCCAGCUAUACUCAUACAGGAUUACAGAGAAAGAGAAGAUGAGUCCAAACUUCAACAAAGAAGAGAAUUCAGAAACAGGCGAGUCAAUUUCCGAAAGUGUUUCAGUGGUUGAAGAUCCACCAACAAUGCCAACGUAUACAAAGUCAUUGUGCUUUGAUGCAAAAUCUGAAUACUCAGAUACAAGAUCAGUUUACUCAGAAGCUCCAAUCAAAAAGACCUCAGCUUUAAAGCAAAGCACUGACGCCGUAAAACUCAGAAGAAACUCAAUCUCAGGUUUACGAUCUUCAGGAUCGUCGCCUAUAAAACCAAGAUCAGCAACAAAAGCAUCAUCACCGCUAAGUCCAUUUGGAAGAAGCAGCAGCAAAGCAAGGAAGGAUGCUAGAUUGCCUUUGAGUCCUAUGAGUCCUUUGAGCCAUGGGAGACGUAGACAACUCUCUGGUCCUGCUUCUGACUCUGAGCUAACAUAGGCAACACACAUUCUUGUUUUUGCAAGAAUCUUAAACUGAGACAACGUUUCAGUGUUAGUUCCAUAACAUACCCUUUUUGUGUAACCUCUUAAAUACCUUUUUUUUCUUUUCUUCGUAUGUGUAAAUUUUGCUUUCUUUAGAUACUUUUCUCUUUAGCUUAUGCAAGUUUACUUUUGAAAAACAAGAGCUUUAUUGUACCCUCUUUGCUUAACGUCUUAUUCCGAUUUUGAGCUC